AUUUUGUAUUUUGAGCCAAGUGUAUUUCGCUGUGUUCUCCUAAGAUGGGUUCGUCUUCUGGGCUUUGCUACUGUUUAUGGAACUGUGACGCUCAAGCUGCACAGGGUUUUGAAGGUAUUCCUGUCCCGAACGGCUCAGCGUAUUCCAUACAUGACAGGUGGGCGAGUGAUGAGGAUGCUGGCUGUUAUUCUUCUGGUAGUCUUUUGGUUUCUCGUUGGCUGGACUUCUGCAAUAACCCAAAAUUUGGAGAGAAACAUUCCACUCAUUGGCCAGGGGCAAACAUCUGACCACCUGAUCUUCAACAUGUGCCUCAUAGACCGCUGGGAUUACAUGAUGGCUGUUGCUGAAUUUUUAUUCCUCUUGUGGGGUGUUUAUCUCUGCUAUGCAGUGCGGACAGUCCCAUCAGCAUUUCAUGAGCCACGUUAUAUGGCUGUUGCAGUUCACAAUGAGCUCAUUAUCUCUGCUAUAUUCCAUACAAUUAGAUUCAUUCUUGUUUCAAGACUUCAGUCUGACUGGAUGCUGAUGCUGUUCUUUGCACACACACAUUUGACUGUGACAGUCACUGUUGGGCUACUUCUGAUCCCUAAGUUUUCACAUUCAAGCAAUAACCCAAGAGAUGAUAUAGCUACAGAAGCUUAUGAAGAUGAGCUUGAUAUGGGUCGAUCUGGAUCCUAUCUGAACAGCAGUAUCAACUCAGCAUGGAGUGAACACAGUUUGGAUCCUGAAGAUAUUCGGGAUGAGUUGAAGAAACUAUAUGCCCAGCUUGAAAUCUAUAAAAGGAAAAAGAUGAUUGCUAAUAAUCCACAUCUCCAGAAAAAAAGGUGCUCUAAAAAGGGCUUGGGGCGCUCAAUAAUGCGGCGUAUUACAGAAAUCCCUGAGACAGUCACCCGGCAGUGCUCCAGGGAUGAGAAGGACUUGAUGGAGCACAGUGCUGUGAAGAGCUUGGCCACACUGAAGAAAAAUGUGCAGGAUUCCACAAGCUCUGCAAAGCCAAAGGAAGAGACUUUGAAAAACAGGGUCUUUUCCUUAAAAAAGUCCCACAGCACUUACGAUCAUGUUAGGGAUCAAACAGAAGAACCAAAUGGCUUAACUACAGAAAGUGCAGAAGUUAUACCUGCUGAGAAAACACUCCUGGACUCCUUGAACGGUAGCAAAUUAACCAAAAAUGCUCCUGAAAAAGUUGAAGCUGUCUCCACUGAAUCGGUCCCUUUGGUGUGCAAAUCAGUAAGUGCACAUAACUUAAGUGCUGAUAAGAAGCCUCUGCAUCCAAGAACGUCUGUGUUACAAAAAUCCCUCAGUGUUAUUGCUAGUGCCAAGGAAAAGACUCUGGGACUAACGGGUAAAACACAAAGUCUAGAAGAAAGCACUAAAUCUCAUAAAUCUCAGCAGAAGGGUAAGGAGGCCAGCAAAAAGCACUCAGCCUCCGAUAAGGGGGAACAUAAGGAUUCCCACAGGAAAAACUCUGCCCAGUCUGAGGAAACAAAGAAAGCCCAUAAAUCUGGAAUUAUUAAACAGCAAAGGGUUAGUCAAACACCUGCAAAUCCAGACACAGGCCCAGAGGCAGAGAAAAACCACCCUUCCCCACCAAAGGGGAAGACUCAUCAUAAGCUGAAGACACCUGAGGGGCACCAACAGUCAAAUCAAAAGAGCUCAGAGAAGAUGGAGGCAGCCACUCGGGAAACACAAGAGCAGCAGGUCUUUGAAAAUGAGAAAAACCAGUCAAAUUCCAAGUCUCAGGUCACUCCUGGGCUGAAGUAUGAGAAUGUUAAUAAAUAUACACCUAAUACCUGUGCUGGGGAGCGGGAGGAGCUGCCCCAGAAAGCAGCAGAAAAGGAAAACCUCAAUAAAUUGGCGGAACAGAAAAAAAAUGCCUCUUCUGAGGGAAAUGUGCUUUCAUCUAACUCCCAUAAGCCAAGUAGUUACUUACAGCAACCUUUAGCAUCUCGAGCUGAAGUCUGCCCUUGGGAGUAUGAUACACCAGAUUUACCAAAUGCAGAAAGAAGUGUAGCUUUAUUGAACACCUCUGCUAUAAGUGCAAAUAAAACAGCAGCACCUCGAAAAUAAAGAGGCUUUUGGACUGAGGAGAGUAGCAACACUGAGAAGAAAGACAACAGAAAAGACAGAAGGGACUUAGACCAAAAGGAUCUGAAAAUUCCUAAGGAGCAUCACUUAAAUCAAGGGAAUCAGCACUACAAAUAAGUAGAAGUUAAGUGAAGUAAAUUAUCAUUAAUGUUGUUAUUAUUUAUUUGUUGAGUGCCAACAAUGUGAUUAGCAAUGCCCAGAAUACGGUCCCUGCUCCAAGGAUUUUACUGUGUCAGUGAAAGAAAUCUGCCUUUGUGAAAUCACUUCUCAUUUAAAAGAAAAAUAAUAUGAUGGUAACAAACGCACAGUGUAGAUCUUAAACGAAUUAUUUCUGGAUGCCGUAACUUGCUUUAACUUGCCCUUGGGACUUUAAAGAUCCAGCAGAAGUAGGGCACAGAAAAUGUUCUGAUGGCAGAAAGGAGUAUCAAUGAGCAGCUUAUUAAAAUGACGACUUUUCACUUUACAUAUUUAAUCAAAAUAGCACUGCUAACUCAAUGCAUCCCAAAAAUAUUUUCUAUAAUGAUUGCUCUCAUUUUCUUAUUACUAUGCUUUUAGGUACACCGUUGUGUCUCAUAUUAAAGCAUUCCAGAUUGUAUAAUUUUUGCAGAUAACUUUGAUAUUAUGUGACACAACAACACAUUUAUGUGAUCUGCAGAUACUUUCUUCUAAUUGCAAGUUAAAAUAUCUUUUUGUUUAUAUAUAGAAUUGCAGUAAUCUUUCACUGGCUAUGGAAGCCAUAAUUCUUAUCAGGAAAUUCUUUUGAUCUUUGGAGAUUAUUUUUUUUCCUUUCCUGUGAUUUAUAUAGUGAAUUUUUUUGUUUACUCUCUGUUAUUUAAAUUUAUAGUUUAAUACUGUAUUAUUCGGGAGUUUUAUAUGCAGUAAGUUAUGCACUUCCCUGUUAAUGCUCAUAGACUUUGUUAGUAGUGGAAAUUCAGUCGUCUUAGCUGCAUAUUAGGACAACUUGUCUGUUUCUUGUUACUAAUUGGAAAAUAUCAUCUAUCAAACCAGAAAUCUUACUUUAAACAUCCAUUGUGAUGAUCUUGUUCAGUAUUCCCUACUGAGCAUAUCCUGCUAAAUAAGUCAAGCUAGAAUGACGAUGAAUAUACCCCAGAAAUGAUCACCUGUUUUUCUAAAAUAGACAGCUCUGGGAAAUACAUUAGCUAGCCUAUAUAGAGCAACACUGCACUGUUUACUCCUGAUGGCAAACGUCAAAAACUUGGCCCUUGGAGUGACAAGUCCAAAAUAUUACUCUUCUCCCACAUACGCAAUUGUAAGAGGUAAUGGGAAUUGAAAUGAUGGCAUUUCUCUCCCACUCUCCAAAAUGCUUUGAUUUGUUUUUUUUUAAAUUUAUAUGUGCAUUUAUAGUAAAAGUAAGUGUUUAAUACAGUGCUGCUUUUCAGCAAUAGCACUAGUCCUCAUCAUGCAUAUGAGCUUAAUUCAUGACCCAUUCGCAACUAUGAGUCUUAGUGAUGGUUCACCAUCAGGGCUUGAGGACGUAUCAUAAAGAUUCUGAGUAGUAUGAGUAAUAAUGAAAAACCCCCAGCCAUCUAAAUGGAGUAUCAGUAAAGUGCUGUUCACUGGAAUUGGCUGUACGUAGUGUACUCCAAAACAAAGACAGCUCAGUCCUAAAGAACUUGUGCAGUUUGAGAGAAGUGAUGGGAUUCAGUGGAAGAACAUGAAAUGAGGAUGAUUGAAUAGAAUGUGUUGUUUAAUAUAUAUAUAAUAUAUAUAAAAAUAGAUAUUUAUAUAUGUUUAAUAUAUAUAUAUAAAUGUCAUAUCUAAUACACACAUGCACAUACACUUAUGUAGUAUAAACUGAUCUUUGUGGCAUCAUAGAAAAAGUGGCUUAAGAUAAAAUGCAAUGAGCAGAGGGGCGUAGACAACCUGGGCAUGAGGAGGACUUUUUCUGUCAUUUAAAAGGGAGAGGAGUCUAUGGGCAUGGCUAGACUGACAGAUCAAGAUGGAUCUGACCUUCCUACUGCUUCUGCUAAGCCCUAACCUGGAAUGUGCCAACACUUAAGCCAGCGGGGGACAAGUUGGCUCAGGUCUUGGUGCUGUCCAAACACAUUUACCUCACUUAUAAAUUCUCCUCAGAGCUCCAGAUUAAGUGGCUGAGCUGCCCCAGCCAACCUGGUUAGGCAGAAUGAUGCUCAGUUACACCAUGAGGACAUGCUGACUUAGGUCUUUACUAACCUGGGCUUGUCCGACUCAACCACCCCUCUUUUGUAGGGUGUAAUUAUGGCCUAGGAGACCUGACUGGGACCCCUGCAACCCAGAAUCCUUGUUUCCCCUAUGAAAGGGAGUCAGACAUAUGAGCCUGAGUGCUUUGGGCAUCAGUGCACCCACUUUGUACACACAGCGCCACUAGCAUCCUGUGUGCAGCCCAAAUCCAGCGCUAUCCUUAGUAUGGAAAAGAGCUGAGGUUAGACCUGGUGUGCUCAGAUUCUCCCUUCCCAGUCCCAGACACUGGUGGAAUUUGUCUGUAAAUAUUCUGUCAACUUCAGUGGGACUUGAUCAGCUCUUCAGAGAGAAAGUAACCCUAUAUUUCUAUGGGAAGAAGUCCAUCCUGGGAACAUAGCUUUCUGGGAGUCCUCCAGGAGCACACUGACCCUGUGUGCAGAGAAAUACACAAUUUUAAACCUGAUGAGAGCGUUACCAUCUCACACCUCCCCAGUCUUCAAGGGGAGGUUCUGCAACCCAUCUUAGCAGUGGUUUGUGGGAACAGGAUGGGGGAACAGCUUAUUGCAGGCUGCCCCGACUCACAAAGCCAGUGCUUUGUCAGAGCCAGGCGGUGAGGUUAGAAGUGGGAAUCCAUGGAGGAAUCAUGAACGUAGACAUUUGUAUGUUCUCACUGCCUCUUGGAGACAAGGAGCAGGCACCAACCCUCUUGCCCUCACUCGUCUUGCCCUCCAUCCUUUACCUCGGAGCUGAGCAAGGACACACUGCCCAUGCCCUGCUCUGUGGGAGCCGUGCUGGGGUGCAGCACACAGCAAGGGUGAGGGGAUCCCCACUGGCAAAGUGUCUGCACAGUACCACUGCCCCUUGCAUUCCUGGCAGGAUCAAGCCCUUCAUGCAUGACUGUGUCUGUGCCACCGCUAUAUAUCUAUAAUUCCUUGCUUGGUUUCUUUUCCUUUUCUUUUUUUUUUUUUAAAGAUAACUUCAUUAGAAACACAGAAACAAAGCCCAAUCCUUGGCUGGUGUAAAACAGCUCAGCAGCACAGCAAGCAAAAAGCAAUGGUUGGUUUACCAGGGAAGGCACUGGCUUGUAUAUUCUUGUUUGGGUUUGAUUUCUUUCAUCCUGACCAUUUCCCUCACUUCUUAAAAAGUGUCUGUUAUGGUUCUUUAGGCUCAUUGUAGUCACAUCCCCUAAGACUGACACAACUGGGGAACUUUCCUUUAGAAGACAACAAAGCUUUCCCCAGUUUAUUAAGCAACUGAUCUUUGGACUACAGAUUCAAUUGGGACUUAAAAUUAUUUCACAUUUAAGAAAAUGAGGGGCCAAACUUCACACAACUAUUCUAUUUCACUAUGAUGCUGCUAGAAGCAUUGCUUAAUGAAGACAUACUAAGUUAGACAUAAAUAAUGUUCUGCAUUUCAUAGAUUUUUCUCCACCAGCAAAUAUGGGCUAGAUUGCUUAGUUGUCUUUUUCUGGAGUUUCAUUGUCACUGUUCAGCCAAGAGAAGUGUAACUCUAGAAUAAAAAUGUUACCAUGAUGUUUUCUAGCAGGUCUGUUCAGAGAAAAGACAAUAAACAUGAAGGUCACAAACAUUUGCUAGGUUGUCCUUUUAAAUGCAUGUGCAAGCUGCAUUUCUCCUUUAUUUCUAAGCCAUGGUUUAUAAAGAAUUAGAUUUAUACCAAUAUUAUUAGACUUGUAUAAUUUAUGCAAGAUUAUGCGCUUUAAAAUAUAAACCAGUACACACCUAUCAUCAGCUUUGGUGGCAUCAUAGACCUGAAACCGGACAAUACUUUUAUAUUUGCUCUCCUUAGGCUUUUGCAUGCAUAUGACAACAGGCAGGCCUGAGCAAACACUGCCUUUGACUUUUAACAUUUUAGCUACUCCAAGUUGUAGAGUAUAUAAAGCUGUAAGUCUCUUCACUUUAUAAUGUGGUUCUUAUGACAAUGUUAUCUGGCAACCAACAGCAUCCACCAUGAAAUACUUGAUAGAUUUAUGUUGUAAUGUGUUGCAGCAUGUAAAUAAUGUAACUUCUCUGCAAUAAAGCACAUUUAUAUGAAA